UAUAAAUAACGUAGUCUAUUAUCUUAUCCCCAUAACCAUGCACAUGCUUCACUCCCCAAGGUGAACAGAAGAGGAGAGGAGAAUAGAACAAAUCCUCAACAAACACACAGACCACACCAAUCAACAAACAUGACUUCUCUCUUCUACAUUACUCUUAUACUACUAUCCGUUACUGCCGCCGUUAACUCCUGCCCGCCGUCAGACAGGGCAGCUCUUUUGGCCUUCAAGAACGCCCUACACGAGCCCUACUUGGGCAUCUUCAAUACAUGGAACGGACUCGACUGUUGCCACAACUGGUACGGCGUCAGUUGCGACCCGAAGUCCCACCGGGUAGCGGAUAUUACUCUCCGGGGAGAGUCCGAGGACCCGAUAUUUGAACGUGCUAAACGCACCGGUUACAUGACCGGAUACAUCUCCCCCUCCAUUUGCAAGCUCACUCGUCUCUCCAGCCUCAUCAUCGCGGACUGGAAGGGAGUCUCCGGCGAGAUCCCGAGAUGCGUUUCGUCAUUGCGGUUCCUCCGUGUCCUCGACCUUAUCGGGAACCGCCUCUCCGGCGACAUCCCAACCGACAUUGGCCGCCUCCACCGGCUCACUGUUAUCAACCUCGCCGAUAACCUCAUCUCCGGCAGUAUCCCUUCGUCGUUGACGAACUUAUCAAGCUUGAUGCAUCUCGAUUUGCGUAACAACCGGCUUUCCGGAACGCUGCCCCAGAAUUUCGGGCGGCUCAGGAUGUUAAGCCGGGCUUUGUUGAGCCAGAAUCAAAUCAGUGGAACGAUCCCGGCUUCCGUAACAACUAUUUACCGUCUCGCCGAUUUAGAUCUCUCAAUGAACCAAAUAUCGGGCCCCAUACCUGCUCCUCUAGGUAAAAUGGCGGUUCUGGCGACUUUGAAUAUCGAUUUUAACAAACUAAACGGUCCAAUCCCGCCGACACUAUUAAAUUCGAGUAUUAGUAACUUGAAUUUAAGCUCAAAUUCACUGGAGGGAGUUUUACCGGACGUUUUCGGUCCGAGAUCGUAUUUUACGGUUCUGGAUUUAUCGCAUAACAAUUUGAAGGGUCAGAUCCCCGAAUCGUUCUCGAAGGCGUCGUUCAUCGGGCACUUAGAUUUGAGUCACAACCAUUUCUGUGGACCGAUUCCGGUCGGGUCGCCGUUUGAUCACCUUGAAGCGUCGUCGUUUGCUUUCAAUGAUUGUCUGUGUGGGAAGCCGCUUAGCCCUUGUGGGCAUUGAUACCCCGUUUUUAUUAUUAAGUUGAUAUUUGCGCCAUUACUAGUAU